AUGAGAGAUAGCUUUGUAUUUGAUAAUAAAUUAAAAAUAAUCGAUUAAAGAUGCUGCGUUUGUGGUAGGGAAGAUCAUUUGUAAAAUCGUUGUAAUCUAGUACAUUACGUCCCUGAUCAAGAGAGAGUUAUUUUGAAAGAAAAUUUCUCGACUAAGCAAUUAAGAGUAGCAAAGGUUAGGUAGAAAGAUGAAAAAUUCAAUUCCUUAAAGAAUAUUAAUCUUGUAAUAGAAUAGCAAGAUGCUUACUUUAGUAGUGAAUAAAAUCAAUAAUUUGUAUAAAUUAACUACUAAUUCUUAUUUGAUGAACCUAGUCUAACAGAAGAAAAUGUCAAUAUGUCGCUAACUUAGAACACUAGUAAUUUAGGUGGUCAAAAUCAGAUUAAUCAAAAUACAAAUGGUUAUAAUAAUAACUAUAAUAAUAAUUAUAUGUAUAGUGUUAGAGAGAAGUAAGCAACUAUUUUACCAAAUAUAUAAAAACACGUAUCUAAUAUUUAUACCUCAGGUGGUUCAGCUUUAGGAGAUUAUAAUCAUAGAAACGAUAUAAGUAGGAAUGAUGCUUCUGAUGUAGAAAGUCCUCGAAGCAAUGAUAAAGGAUAAUUUACAUACAUCUAGCAAUAAACUCCUAAUAUUUUUUCUACUUAAAAUACCAAUAGUAAUCUUUACAAUAAUCUUUAGAAUACUAAAAUUCCUUAGAAUAGAUUUGGAUAGGCUAGUGGAUAUUAGCCCAAUAAUAAUUUGUUGAGUGUGAAUGCAUAAGGAUUGUAAGGUUUAAAAAAGAAACCAGCCUGA